AUGGAAUCCGUCUCGAACCUGACUCAAUUUGACGAAGCGUUGGACAACUACGUCCAGGAUUCCUACAUCAAGCAAAAAUACGUUAAUUAUCUGGGCUGUGGGGGCGCUAAUCUCACGGACACCGAUGACUACUACGCCCGCUACACCACGAGCUCGAUAUGCAAUGGGAUCGUGCAGAGCUCGAAGAAUGACUGCAACCUGUCUAGCGAGGAAUCCAGGCCGCUGUGUGCCGACGAUUGUGCGCUGAUGGCCAGAAGCGAGCAAGAAAUUCUGGUUAACUCCGACCUUUGUCCACAGAGAGAUGGGAACUAUAUGGAUCAAAUUCGCUCUGAUUUCACUGUCUGCGCGCUGCCCGCCAACUCGCUUACAGGGACCUGCAUAUCGGCAGCCGAUAACGAGCCGGACGAGUGUGGAUUCCGAACCAAUCUGGUGGGCCUGUGCGGCUAUUGCGCCGGAAGCUCCCCAAACUCCACCGAUUCUUGCUGUGUGAACGCGAGCGCCGGAAGUCGCUGCAAGGACGUGACACUACCAUCCCCGACGACGACUCUGCCACCAAUCGUCACCACGACAUCCAAUUCCACCGCAGAUGAUUCGGGCGGUGGCCUGUCGGGCGGACAGAUUGCCGGUGUCGUGAUUGGUUCCGUUGCUGGUGUCGCCCUGUCGGCUGCGUUGGCGGCAUUUGGUCUCAUCUACUGUCGACGAAAGCGCCGAACGAGGAACGAAGGGGGUCUGAAUCAGCCCAACCCCCAAAGAAAAGUCUCGCCUUCAAUGCAGGGUGGUCAGCAAGGAUUCGCUGCCAUCCCAGGAGGGAGGGUUGCCCGAAUGUCUGCGCUGCGAGAGAUGCCCAGUUCGUCGCCGGCGCGAUCUCGCAACUCGGCGGCUUUCUUCGGCGGAGCUAAGUACAGCGACUCAUCGGACUCCGAAGGCUACGGAGCCAGCCCCGGAGCGAUUUCGAAGAGAAUCCCUCCGACGGCAGGCAAGCGACACGGCUCGCUCUCCAGCAAUUCGGCUUUUGCCGGCGCAGGUAGCGACACAUCGCCUCGUUCCGGCACCAAUGGUCAAUAUUCGUCUCCCGAGGGAAUCGCCAGUGGACAAUCUGAGCAACUUUCCUCUUUCCAGGAUUAUUACUCCCAAGAUGACAUUCGACCCGGCGAUCGCGUUGCCGCCUUGUGGGCAUACCAGCCUCGCGCAAACGACGAAUUUUCUCUGGAUCGCGGAGACAUGUUGAAGAUCAUUGGUAUUUGGGAUGACGGCUGGGCUACCGGAAUUCGUAUCCCCGAGAACGCCGAAGAUUAUGACGCGCGGCACCGAGAACAGCGCGACAGCGGGGUGUCCAACGGCUCGCAUCGCCCGGCCGCAUCGCCGGCGCCUGUGGGAGACAUCAAGGCGUUCCCGUUGGUCUGCGUCUGUCUUCCGCAGCACUGGCGAAAGAUCAUCGACGGAGGACCGGGCGACGAUGAUUAA